UUGACAACUCUGGCAAUAUGGCGUCGGAAGGUGGUAGCGAUUCACAGCUGAGAAGAAGAAGGCGCCGGGACACGGGGGAGCCGGAAAAAACAGAACUCGGCGAAAGAGAGCUGACAGUGGUUGUGGCUGUGGCCCAAGAGAACGAAGAGGAAAAUGAAGAGCGCUGGGUUGGGCCCUUACCUGUAGAGGCGACAUUGGCCAAGAAGAGGAAAGUUCUAGAGUUUGAAAGAGUCUAUCUUGAAAAUCUCCCCAGUGCAUCUAUGUAUGAGCGCAGUUACAUGCAUAGAGAUGUUAUCACCCAUGUGGUAUGCACCAAGACAGACUUUAUUAUUACUGCCAGUCAUGAUGGACAUGUUAAGUUCUGGAAAAAAAUAGAAGAGGGAAUUGAAUUUGUUAAACAUUUUCGUAGUCACCUGGGAGUUAUUGAGAGUAUUGCAGUUAGCUCUGAGGGAGCAUUGUUCUGUUCUGUGGGUGAUGAUAAAGCAAUGAAGGUGUUUGAUGUAGUGAACUUUGACAUGAUCAAUAUGCUGAAGCUUGGCUAUUUUCCUGGACAAUGUGAGUGGAUCUAUUGCCCAGGGGAUGCCAUAUCUUCAGUUGCUGCUUCUGAGAAGAGCACAGGAAAAAUUUUCAUUUAUGAUGGUCGAGGAGAUAACCAGCCGCUUCAUAUUUUUGACAAGCUCCAUACAUCACCUCUUACUCAGAUACGGCUGAAUGCAGUUUAUAAAGCAAUAGUGUCUUCUGAUAAAUCUGGAAUGAUUGAAUACUGGACUGGGCCUCCUCAUGAAUAUAAGUUCCCCAAAAAUGUGAACUGGGAAUAUAAAACUGACACCGAUUUGUAUGAGUUUGCCAAGUGCAAGGCUUAUCCAACCAGCAUAUGUUUUUCACCUGAUGGGAAGAAAAUAGCUACUAUUGGUUCUGAUAGAAAAGUUAGAAUUUUCAGAUUUUUAACUGGAAAACUCAUGAGAGUCUUUGAUGAAUCACUAAGUAUGUUUACUGAACUGCAGCAGAUGAGGCAACAGCUACCCGACAUGGAAUUUGGCCGACGAAUGGCUGUUGAACGUGAGUUGGAGAAGGUGGAUGCAGUAAGAUUAAUUAACAUAGUCUUUGAUGAAACUGGACACUUCGUGCUAUAUGGAACAAUGCUAGGCAUUAAAGUUAUAAAUGUAGAAACAAACCGGUGUGUGCGCAUCUUAGGCAAGCAGGAAAAUAUUAGAGUGAUGCAGUUGGCUCUGUUCCAGGGAAUAGCCAAAAAACAUCGUGCUGCAACUACUAUAGAAAUGAAAGCUUCUGAAAAUCCUGUUCUUCAAAAUAUUCAAGCUGACCCAACAAUAGUUUGUACAUCUUUUAAGAAGAAUAGAUUUUACAUGUUUACCAAACGAGAACCAGAAGAUACAAAAAGUGCAGAUUCUGACAGAGAUGUUUUUAAUGAGAAACCUUCUAAAGAAGAAGUCAUGGCAGCUACUCAAGCUGAAGGACCUAAACGUGUUUCAGAUAGUGCCAUUAUCCACACAAGCAUGGGAGACAUUCAUAUCAAACUUUUUCCUGUUGAGUGCCCUAAGACAGUGGAAAACUUCUGUGUUCAUAGCAGAAACGGCUAUUAUAAUGGGCAUACAUUUCACCGUAUAAUUAAGGGCUUCAUGAUUCAAACAGGAGAUCCAACAGGUACUGGUAUGGGAGGAGAAAGCAUAUGGGGAGGAGAAUUUGAAGAUGAGUUUCAUUCAACAUUACGACAUGACAGACCAUAUACACUCAGCAUGGCCAAUGCUGGAUCAAAUACUAACGGAUCCCAGUUUUUUAUAACAGUAGUACCAACGCCUUGGCUUGAUAAUAAGCACACAGUGUUUGGACGAGUGACUAAAGGAAUGGAAGUUGUACAGAGGAUCUCCAAUGUCAAAGUCAAUCCCAAAACAGAUAAGCCCUAUGAGGAUGUCAGCAUCAUAAAUAUUACUGUCAAGUAAAAUAAGUUACCUUAGGAUGUAGAAUGCACAGAACUACUAAAGUAAGUAUUCUGAAAUACAAAUGUGUUACCUGUUUGUUAGCAAAAAUCAGGAGCAAAGCAUCUCGGAGUUCUUUCUCUGUUAACAACUUUGCAAGUUCAUUGUGUGCUUCACUAACUCUGUCUCUAUGACUGCUGUCAACAACAAAUACAACAGCUAGCCAAAUUAAAAAAAAAAAAAAAAGAAUCUAAUUAGCCACUGGUUAACUUUAAGUAAAUGACCAAAUAUUUUAUGCUCUCGUUAUUACAUUAUGGUUAGUCUACUAUCUACUAUGUUUUUCAGAAAGGCUGCUCUAACAGCACCUAGCAAUACUUAGGAGUAUGGCUUCACAUAGUUCACAUAACUUUUCAGCUCUCUUCAUUUCCCC